AUGCACGCCUCCGCAAUUCUUCUCAGCCUUGUCGGGCUUGCGACGGCAGCCGAUUUGGCCCCCUUCAUCAACGAUAUCUCUCCCAUUAUGGACCUCCGAACCCUUUCUAUCCGAGCCACUGGCGGUUGUGAUGUCGGUUCCCCUUGCGGGCAGAGCUGCAUGCCCACCGGUUCCGCUUGCUGCUCUACAACCAAGGGAUCCUACUGCGAUCCCGGUUACCGAUGCACUUCUGACGGAUGCUGCCCUGUUGGAGAGUUCUGCAACGGUCCUCCUACCGGCGGUUGCAAGGACGGCAGAGUCUUGUGCGGCAAGUCUUGCGUUCCCAAGGGCUCUUCAUGCUGCUCCCAGACCACUGGUACUUUCUGCGGCGCCGGAACUAAGUGCAUAGGCACUACUCAGUGCGAUGGACCUCAAGGAGAUGGUUCUGGUUCUGGCUCCGGAGCUACGAAUACCCAGGGCAGCGGUGCUACCAACACUUACUCUCUUUCUCCCAGCACCAACACUGCCGAUAGUGGCAGCGGUUCUGGCUCUGGCUCUGGCUCUGGUUCUGGCUCCGGUGACAGCACCACCAGUGCCGGCGGUUCAUCUCCUACCGGUAACGGACAGAGCCACCCUCCUCCUCCCGGUGCCGGUGUCAUCAACACCCCCAACAUCUUGCUUGGCCUCGUGGCUGCUGCUCCUCUCUUGUUGUAA